GCACUUGUCCCUCGAGCUUGCAGCAACGCUCUCCGCAACAAGUUUCGCGUCCCCGCAGGAUUUCCUCGCUUUGCUCCUCGUCUCGCUGCGUACUCACACCCACACACGCAGUCAUGUCGAGAUGGUGAACUCUGAGGGAGGCUGCGUCGGAUCGACUGCAGCAGCUGUAGCCGAGCAACGUCAGCCACUGCGACGAGCAUCGAAAUGAGCCAACGUUCGGAUUGCGAUCUCCAGCAGCAGCAGCGAAUCUCGAGGUCCGCGCCGGUAACGCGCGGACAGAGAAAGGAGCCGUGGAAAGAAGAUAAUGCUGCAAACUGUUGCUCGCACGUCCCACGCCACACACUGCUGGCCGCGUAAUAAUAGACGAAAGCGGAGCAGAGCCGUCGUUCGUCAACGCACAAAGUGACAGACGCUGCUGAAUCAUCCCGCGAGAGCUGGACUCGAAAGUGUGCCGCGAAAAAGCUCAGCCUGUUGACAGAUGAAUUGAUUCGAAAUAUAACUGUCGUGCGUUGCGGAGAAAGGGUAUAUUUUGAUACGACUGUUCGGCCUCUUUUAUACCGAAGUUAUAGGUGAUCGAAUUUAGUAGGGUUAAAGGAUUGUGCUGUCAAAGUAUGUGUGGCGAUGUGUAGUCCUUCAUUGUUGGGUGUUAAUUUGAUCGAUUAGUUCAAUAACAUACAGUGUGUGAUCGAGUUUGAUAUUUGGAAUAUAUAAAGGUAUAAUAUACGGUGCAUAACAUUCUCGUUAUCGACCUGAUUUCUUUUAGUAGAACUAAGUAAAGUUUUACGAAGCCUUUUGAAACUGAUUACAAACUCUAAUGUAAUUCGUGAGAUGUGCGGAGAUAAAUUCUAAAGUAGUUCUAACAGUGUGAUAUUAAUAAAAGACGGAUAAAAGGUAGUCUUAUAAAUAGUGCUUUAAAUACUUGAAGUGUUCCGAGCGGAGGCCUCCGACUGUGUAGUUUAUGAGGAACUUUAAAAUUUCUAAAUUUAACUCCAAGAGCUUUACAAAUAUUGGAUUUCGAGCGAACCCAGUGAAUCGCAACGCAGCGCAUUAUUCUCGACGGAUUUGUUCAAAAUUCUCACAGAAGUAAGGCAAAGUUUCAAUCGACUCCGUGUAUAUUAAAAAGCAAUAAAAUAAAACAAUAACAAUCGCCGAAUGAUCCGACGGUGUAUAAUUCCUAUAGACGAACGAAUAUAAUGAUCUGAAGAGAUAAAAGAUAAAAUUUCGACCAAUCGUGCGAUGAUCCGUCAGUCCUGUCCGGCAACAUCUUCGUUCUCGUCAUCCACAUCAUGUCUUCGUCGACGUCGCUGCUGGUGCAGAAGGGCCUGUUGGCGUUGAGUCUCGCAGCAGCCCUAGUCCUCCUGUGCGCUAUGGCUCGACGACGUCUGGCUGCCUUCGAGGAGACCCAUCGCGCCCGGAACAACCUCAUCGUCGAGGUUCUGGCAAACGUGAGCGAAGGUUUGGACCGAAUCGAGGCCGGCCUGGAUGACAUAGCUGCGCGAGCCGCCGCGGCUAAGCUCAGGCUGGGACAAUUGACGGCCGUCAGAAGACAGAAUCUACUGGCUUGCGCUCUUUUGAGAGAAAAGAACCAGCAGCAGGAGACGCUGGCGGGAAACGUCGAGAAGGCCGAGAGGAGCAAGACUGCCGGCGUCGCGGCUAGAGCUGGAGAGAAGAGGAUCAACAGGGGUAUGAGCACGUGACCGGCUUUCGAGAGGCCGAUGAGUGGAGGAUUUUGUGAUUUAGAGAUCGUCGACUUCUGUGUCAGUACGCGAUUUUCCGUUCUUUUAUCAUAGUCAUAGUGAGCGUGUGAAAAAAAUAGCACGAGGUAAAUUAGUAGGUCGACUCUGCGAAGAUAGUUGUUUUAAUUGUUUUCUACGUGGAGUCAUUGAUUUAAAAGGGGUCGAAUACAGUCGGUGCUAUGUAUCCAAACAGACAUUGGUAGCAUUUAGGACUAAGGAAUUGUUGAACUAGAUUACCUAGUGAAUGCACAGCACGUAGUUUUGACUGGUCGGAAUCAUACAUUUAUUAAAAAACCGUAUAUAUUCAUAAUGAUUUUUACGAUUACUUUUUCCUAUCUACAGUACAAACUUAUACUUUUUAUAAAUCGUACAUUGUUCAGAAAUGUUUUUUACAAAAUUUAUAAGGAAUUUUACACAUACGUAUACAUCCUAAAUGGUGCUAACAUUUUUUAACUUAUAAUUACUUUUGAACUCAUGUCUAUUUGUCUAUACAAAACUCUACCUUCUUAUAGUAAAAUGUCCUUUGUACACUACUUAUACCCUUUUAGUGACUGAUCUACAUAAACGAGAAAGACGUUUAGUUCAAGUUUCUAUACACAUAUGAGGUGCUGUAGUAUUAUGAUGCUGAAAGAAUUGAUUCCUAUGAUUAAUCAAUCAGUUGGAGCACUGACAUUUUUUACGCGUUUUACUUAGUGUAUAACCAAUUCACGUGCCAAAUUUUAUAUAAGUACUUGUAUAAAUCCACUGUAUGAAAGUAGUGACCAUGCUGAACUCACGAUUGCCCGAAUCACUAAAAAUUUUACAGUGUCAUUGUAAAAUUUUUUUGAUAAUUAGGGCGUUAAAAUAGGCCUGAACUGAUUUGAAAUUCUACUAAGAUUGUAUAACUACUUUGUUAUGGAUCUAAAUGUGAUAUUAUACCACUGACCACUUUAUACUAUUACUUUAUACUAGUAAAAAAACAUCUAUCUGUUAAAUGAAUUUAUAGAACCUAUCUGAUCUUCUUCGUUAAUGAGAAUCUACCUUUGUAUAGAUAAGUUGUAUGAAAAUUAUUAAAAACAACAGUACAAGAUCUCGGCUUAAGAAACUGUCGAAAAAUGUAUCAACGCAGGGGAACAAUAUCAGUGUAUGCAAAGCGAGCGAGGAAAUUGAAAUGUCACUGUAACCUCGCGCAAAAGAGCAAAUCACUGAAGAAUGAUGAAUAUUGUAAAUUGAAAAAAAUCGGCGUGAAAAAUGCAAAAUGUACUCAAAUAAUCAUAAAAGCAUUUAUUUUUUCACUAACAAAAAAGAUUGUAAAAGGCUACGCGAAAAGAUUCUUCAACAAGAACGGUAAGUGAUAAGAGAUAAAAUGAGACAAUCACGGCGAAACUCUGAAAGAGAGAAGAGAUAUCCUCGGUUCGGAGGCGAGUCAUAAGAAGCGAACGGAAAAGAAUGAAUAAUAUUUAUGUAUAAUGUGAAAAUUGAAACGAAUCUCGAAGAGGGCCAAAAUUCUAUCUAUUCGUAUAUAUUAACUGUUCGCCGCGCAGAUGAAUGGACGUAGAAAUCACGAGGGCACAACUUGAAUAUUUUUAAUGAAAAUGACUAUGUAUAACGAGUUUAAUUAUUGUUUGCGUAUCGAAGCUAAGAUAAUUGUAAAGUAUCACCGUUACACGAUACCACUUUCCGAAUUCCGACUGUUGUCAUCGAAAAUGUAUAAUUGCACACUUCCAACGUAGAUAGUAUACUCUCUGUGCCAGUCACGCACCUCACUUAGGCUGUCAAUAGUAAACAAAACCAUUAGAUCUCUUGUGUAAGUUAUCACAGCUGUGUACGAUAUAUUAUGAAGAAUAAAUAUGAAUCACGUAAUGUACAAUAUUACUCCGAAGUUUUUUCUUAAACCAGCUGUAUUAAAUUUAUUUUAUCGAGUAUAAAAAUAAAGAAGUAAACACCGCGGAUAAGUCGACUUUCAACUAAACAACAUCACGUGUGGUUAUCGGUAUUGAUUGCUGUUUUCGACUAGUGCCAACGAUAAAUCCAAGAGAAAAGCGCCGUCCAAUCGAAAUUUCCUCGUAGAAAAAUCUCGAGAAUGAGAAGGCUGGUUUUCUAUCCUUCCACUAAAAUUAAGCACACGAUACACUGAUCCAGAGAUUCGCGGUAAGUACAGGUCUGUAGCAAGGUCAAUGGCAGAAAGCGCGCACGUAGCAGCGCGGAGCGUAUGAAGUGGUAGUGGUAUGACCGUAUCAUCAGACAAGAGCGAAACAGCGCAAACUACGAGCCGGUUCGCAGGUCUCGGCAGUUCGCUCGAGACCACUGUCCGCAUUGGUACGUACACGUACAGCAGCUGGUCGUCUACUCAGUAGCUGAAAACCUACGCGCCGAGCUUCGAGAUGUGCGAGUCUAGCGAAAAGAAUGUGGCCUGCAGCGGCCCGGGUUAUGCGAGUCCGCGUGAGGCGAUGCUUCGCGGGCCUCGCGAGAAAAUUCUCUACGUCAACUGCAUCCACACGGACCCGAAGAAACCAGAUGUACUGGCGACCGUCGAUGUCGACCCGGAGAGUCCCACUUACUGCCAGAUAAUCCACAAACUGAGAAUGCGGGAGGUAGGCGACGAGCUCCACCACAGCGGCUGGAAUAUCUGCAGCAGCUGCCACGGCCAGCCCGGCAAGCGAGACACUCUCGUGCUGCCCUGCCUCAUGUCCGACAGGAUCUAUUUCGUCGACGUCAGCGACGAGAGGUCGCCCAAGAUCAAGAAGGUCCUGGAACCGGAGGAUAUGCACAAACAUGGAGUGGCCACUCCGCACACGUCCCACUGCUCUCCCACCGGUGAAAUCCUGAUCUCGACCCUGGGAAAGCCGAGCGGCGACGCGCACGGGGACUUCCUCUGCAUCGACAGCAAGAGCCUCGAGGUUACCGACACCUGGACGCGCGGCGACAAGAGGGCCAAGUUCGGCUACGACUUCUGGUACCAGCCGUACCACGAUGCGCUCAUCGCCACCGAGUGGGGUGUGCCGAACGUGUUUAAGAGGGGCUUCUCCACGGAGGAUCCCAGGAGCGUAGCGACAUAUGAGGCAGAGGUCUACGGCAGAAGCCUGAACGUCUACUCGUGGAAGGACAGAACGUUGCAACAGGUGAUCAACCUCGGCGAAGACGGCAUCACCCCGCUCGAGGUGAGAUUCCUUCACGAUCCCAAGAGCAACGAGGGCUACGUCGGCUGCGCUGUCCACUCGACCGUCUACAGGUUCUACAAGAAGGACGACGGCACUUGGGCCGCCGAUCAAGUCAUCAAGGUGCCCGCCAAGAAGGUCCAGGGAUGGAUGGCUCCUCACAUGUCUGGUAUGAUAACCGAAAUCCUCAUAAGCUUGGACGACAAGUACCUGUACUUAUCGAACUGGCUGCACGGCGAUGUGCGCCAGUACGACAUAACCGACCGAGCCAAUCCGAAGCUCGUGGGCCAAGUCUUCUUGGGAGGAUCGAUCCUCAUCGACUCCAAAGUCGAGGUGCUCGAGGAUCCGGAACUAGAGAAGCAGCCGGAACCGGUGUACGUGAAAGGACGCAGACUAGACGGCUCGCCGCAGAUGCUGCAGCUCAGUCUCGACGGCAAACGCCUCUAUGCCACGUCGUCGCUCUUCAAGCCCUGGGACCGACAGUUUUACGCCGAGCACGUCAAGCAUGGAUCGGUCAUGGUGAAACUUGACGUUGAUACCGAAAACGGAGGAAUGAAACUCGACAAGAAUUUCUUGAUCGACUUCGGAAUUGAUAAGUCUGAUGUACUACUGGCUCAUGAAAUGAGGUACCCUGGAGGGGAUUGCACAUCUGACAUUUGGCUCGCCGAUGAUGCCAAAAACUGAACUAGUUAUUCUUUGUUUGUGAGUGUCUUUGAAGGUAUGAUCUUUAAUUCAAUCAACGUUGUCCAGUGCCAUUUUAAUAAUUCUUGUAUACUACAACCGUUGCGAAUGUUAACUGAAUAAUUGUAUACUUUCAGCAAUAUGCCUGAAUUACAGUAACUUAAAAAAUAAUUAAAUCUGAUCCUAAAUUUACUAAUUUCCUAUAAUACAAAAAUAAUAAUGUAUUUUUAUAAAAUUGCAUUACCAUACACGUUUUUAUCUACAUGGGUCGAAGAACCAUCAGCAGUAAAAUUUUAAACGAAAUCCUACUGACCGACUGCUGGAGUUCGAACUGAGAAACUCUGUAGUCGACUGCUUGAUGGACAGUAUUACCAGAGGGCGCUGUAUAUUUCUUCUACUGGAGUUGGGAAUGGGGUGAAAACAAAAGGCCAUUUAAAAUGCUGAAUUGAUUAUUUAAAAAAAACACAAUAACAAUUUAUUUGUCCAUAUCAUCGUUAAAUUUUUAAACAUACAGUUUACGCGUACAGCGACAAAAAUAUAUCCCUACGAUUACA